AUGGCGGCCGCAUCGGAUGACAUAAAGUCUUGGUUAUUAGAUAAAUAUGCAAAGUAUAUUGAUAGGGAAUGCAAAAGUGCUACAGUUAAUAAUCCAAAAGGGUCCUCGGGUGUGAAGAGCAAUGGAGAGUGGAAGCAAAUUACAUCUUUAGAUGGAGAUGGCUCUCUGCAAAUAACUUUAAUCGAAGGCAAACACUUUAUGUUGAGUUCUGGUUCUCAGAUUAACGAAAGUUUUGCUCUCAUAAACACGGAACAAUGGUUGAAAGCGUACUGCAAAGGAGACAGUGUGUUAUUUGUUGCAAAAACAAAUAAUGGCUCGAGAAGAUUCAGGGUAAAGUUUGCCAAUACUGGUAUAAAAACUGGCGUGGAUAACUGCAAGGAUUUCGUGAGAGUAGCAUCACCAAUCAUGCCGAUCAAAAUGAUUCAAUUUCAGGACAAUACUGAAGCGUCACAGUCCCAAUUCGUUGAAGAUUCACAGAUCAUUUCCACACCACAAAGUGAAACAUUGCAAUCAGUGCAGGACAUGUCUUUGGAAGAAGACAAUCAUUUACCAAAACAAGGUUCAAGCUUGCCAGAAAUCGCAAGACAGAUUGUUUCUAAUAACGAAGCUACUGGUUCAACAACAACAACAACAACAAAUCUGCCAACAUCUGACUUAUCAGUAUUGGUUAGACUCUGCCUCACUGAUCCAGGAUUCCCAGAUUUCGUGGACAAAGUUGAAAAGGAACUGAAAUUACUAACCGCACAAAAAUAACUCCCGGAUUCCAUGUCUAUUCAACACUCUUUAUUAUAAAUUUCUACAAAACUUGUUGCAUAUACUUCUAUUCACAAAUUACCAUUAUUUUUAUUGGUUUAAAGUUAGUUUAAUGUACGUCCU